CGACGCCACAGGGGACGCCUGGCUUCCAGGGGGAGGCUAGACGUGGGGAAGCCUAGGUCCUCACGGAGUGGACGGAGGGAGGCUGACGCUGGGGGGAGGGGAGCCGGGAUCGCCCAGGAGAGUGGCUGGGCUUGCCCAAGACCCCGGGGGAGCGUGGCUAGAGAGGGGACGCCUGAGUCCCCAAGAGGCGGAAGAUAGCAGCCGUGGCCGCCAGAGACCUGGGCCGGGCCCAGGACUUCGCCCGAAGGCACGAAAUCCCCAAGUCCUAUGGCUCCUAUGAAGAACUGAUGAAGGACCCUGACGUGGGCUCUAGCCCGCUCGCAGACGUGGUGUACGUAGCCCCUCAGCACCCGCAGCACCUGGGCGCUGUCCUGCAAUGCCUGGCGGCGGGCAAGCCGGUCCUGUGUGAGAAGCCUCUCGGGGUCACGACCGCCGAGGUCCGCGAGAUGGUGGCGGCCGCGCGGGCCCGCGGCCUCUUCCUGAUGGAGGCCAUCUGGACGCGGUUCUUCCCUGCCGCCGAGGAGCUGCGGGCUCUGCUGUCCCAGGGCAUCCUUGGGGAGGUGCGUCUGGUCCGCGUGGACUUCGGCAUUGAACUUGAACAGUUUCUGGAUCGCUCCACCGACUGGGCCCAGGCGGGGGGCGGGCUGCUGGACCUGGGCAUCUACUGCAUCCAGUACAUCUCCAUGGUGGCCGGGGGCCGGCGGCCUGAAAAAAUCCACGCCGUGGGGCUGCUCCAUGCCAAGGGGGUGGACGACACAGUGACCACUGUCCUGCAGUACCCUGGUGGGCUCCAGGCCUCCUUCAGCUGUAGCAUCACUACUAAGCUGUCCAACUCAUUCACGGUGUUUGGAAGCAAGGGCGAGGCAGAGAUCCCUCCCUUCAUGCAUUGCCCCACGGAGCUGGUGGUGAAUGGGAAGAGCACCCAGUUCCCAUUGCCCAAGGUGGCAGACACUGAGAAGUUCAAUUUCAGCAAUUCCAUUGGCAUGGUCUACGAAGCCCAGCAUGUGCGGCAGUGUCUGCUGCAGGGCCUGAAGGAGAGCCCUGUGAUGCCCCUGGCAGAGAGUGAGCUCUUGGCAGACAUCCUGGAGGAAGCAAGGAGGCAGAUUGGGCUCAGGUUCCUCCAGGACAGAGCCUAAGCUUCCAAACUAUGGCCCAAGGAAGAAGUCCCUGACCAGCAGUUUGUCCCCCAGGUUCCUACUCUGCAGCCUGGCCCUGGAAGCUGCCUUGCUCUGGCCCUGAGUUCUGGCCCUGCCCUUAUCUAUUAUGUGAUCUAUCCCUGCCUUUCUUAGCCUCAGGAGGUUUUCUGGAAUAAAGAGUAUCCCACUCCA